AGCGAGGUAUGGCCGAGAUGCAAAUCAUUUUUACUGAAAACGUCCGCAUACCGUAAUAACAAUGAAUGCAAAGAAGUCCUUUGCAUGUUCGAUAAAGAGGAAUUUUUCCUGCACAAGUCCGCGAUCCACCGUUCCUGUGAACGGUCGUGCGGCCGUCCAUCGGUGGGUGUUUCAAUAUGUGGCUUUCCGUCAAAACUGGUGAAAUCGGUAGUGGCGUGAGCCAAUACCGAUCCAGCCGGAACAACGACCUGGUCCGGGUCACCAUUCAACACCUGUAUGAACGGGGCCUGACCCGGCCGUACGAUUGUUUGAGCCGCCACCAGGGAAAAAGAUUUAGACACCGAAUUCGGCGGGGAUAAUAGCACGCCCCUCACACCGUCCUUAACCUGAAAGGGUUUACAGUAACACAGCGGGAUAAGCAUUUGUGAGCCAGAUGGAACCUCUACCAUGGCAGCGACCAUGGCGUUAACUGCGUUACACGGGGGCGAAUGGGCCAGCAGGGAAGGCAAGAACGACAUCCUACGACCCCCCAGCAUUUAUAAACAAUCCUGGUCGACCAGUAUCUUAAGUGGCAUGCGGCGCAAGAAAUCCGUGCCUAAUAGACAUGGGAUGGCCAGUGAGCGAGAAAUCAACACCGAUCCUUUGGCGGUAAUAUUACCGAUAGCAAUACGCACAUCGACUUGCCCGAAAUACCCAUGCUACCCCUAUUUGCGGCUACACACGCGUCAUUAACCGGGCGGAUUCGUGACGUGGGAAUAGACAAAAGAUGAAAAAUGACAUCGGAAAUGAUGGUGGCAGACGCGCCAGUGUCCACCAAAAUACGGACGUCAAUGCCCUCGAUGGUACCUCGUACCGUCGAUGAGCCCGACGCCGCAGCCACAACCCUACGAGCCAAUUUUUUCAAUUGUGUAGUAGAGCGUGGUAAUGACACAGAAGAACCACAGUUAUCAUUUGAAGUGCAACUAUGUGUGCGAGUGGAUAAAUGAUGUGACAAGACCUGCCGGGUGUCCGAUUUGUGCCGACUCGCCCGAGGGUGUCGCGGCUCCGCGCCCGGUGGAGGAGAUGGAGGUCCACUCGGCGGAAGCGGCGAAGGCAGAGGUCGGCAGCGGCAGUCGCGGGCAAAAUUGCCUCGUCGGCCACACUUGAAACACGUGGCCGUCGUCGGCCGACGGUCGGUUGACCCAGCCCCCGCACGUGGUCGGCCCGCGUAGUCACCAUGCUGGUCGCGCAGCCAUCGUCUCAGAAUCCAGUGCGGAACAGCAGCCACCACCUCGUCGUCGCCGGAGUCAUUGGAGCAGUGGACGACCCGUCGUGGAGACCACCCCAAAGUGCGCGUGGAGCACCGCUGUGAGCUGAACUGCAAAGCGGUUGGAUUCAAGUUCUACGUACGCCACGCGGAGCAGGUCGUCGACGGGACCUCCUGCGUGGGGGAGGGCCCCCCCGCCCCCUUGACUGGGCCCCCUGGAACCCUUGGGCACCCCGCUGAGCCUGCACACACGGACGCGGCCAUGCACGUGUGCGUGACCGGGCAGUGCAAGCGCGUGGGCUGUGACGGGCUGCUGGGCUCGGGGCUGGCGGACGACCGCUGCGGCACAUGCGGUGGUGACGGCGGCGCUUGCCGCGUGGUAGCUGGGACAUUCCGCAGGGCUGCACUCGAGCCAGGCUACCACCGUGUCGUGGCCAUCCCCGCAGGCGCCACCCACAUCCGCGUCUCCGAGCUCACCCGCUCACGCAACUACCUGGCCCUGAUGAGCCACACCGGCGUGCCAAUUGUCAAUGGGAACUGGGCGAUCGACCGGCCGGGCCGAUUCGGUGCGGCUGGCACGGAGUUUGUUUACCAGCGGCCGAGUGAGGGCCCCGCGGGCCCCGGGGAGACCCUGACGGCGCGGGGCCCAACAAGCGAGCCCGUGGACGUCUACGGCGACAUCAUCCAGGAAACGAAGGAUGAGGAGGAUGUCGUCGGCGGUAUGCCGAAGGCCAGGUACUUCAGCUUGUUCCUGUAG